AUGCCCUCUCUGCUACUAAAACGCUUCAAGAAACGCCGCCUCUCCCGCAAUCCUGAGCCAGACGGAACUUGUGACCUGCAACAGGACAACAGCAACGAAGCCGAUCGCUGCUGGUAUCAAAAGCCCAUGUUUGAUUUCUGGCAGGGCCUUCUUGCGGCUCUCGAGAGAAUCGCCAUGCUACCUUCGCUUAUUCAUGCUGUGCUUCCUUCCUUGUCGUCUCGAAAACGCGUACGAGAUGCCUUGCGAACCUACGAUCGCACCAUGGACGACCUGCUCCGUGAAGUACAGCGUCUGCUCGAGGCACCCCUGGAGCCAGCAGAGUUGUCUCGCAUGUCAGCCAAGUUGGUCGAGCAAUUCGCCCCCAAACUGCAGGCUAGCGAGAUCUGCAUGCUGCCUUCGUACAACGACACACUGCCAACCGGCCUCGAAAGGGGAACCUAUCUCGCACUCGAUGUCGGUGGAUCGACCUUUCGCAUUGCUCUCGUCGAGCUCAAUGGAAGACAGCCAAACACCAAAAACAUGCGUAUCAUGGCUAUGAAGAGCUAUGAGAUUAACGAAAAGGUCCGACAGCGAAGUGGUCGCCAAUUCUUUGACUGGAUGGCCGAGAAGAUUCAACAAGCACUGGCUGACGGUCGACUCCAAUGCCAUGCUGGCACAAAGUCCAUUCCCAUGGGCCUCGCAUGGUCGUUCCCUGUAGAGCAAACAUCAAUCCGUGCUGCCAACUUACUGGACAUGGGCAAAGGUUUUCGGGCCACCGAGGGACUGCUCGGGCAAGAUCUCAGCGAGCUGAUUAUGGCGCCUUGCAGAAAAAGGAACCUGCCCGUGCACCUCGACUCGAUCGUCAACGACUCGUCGGCAACAUUACUAUCGCGUGCCUACGAAGAUCCCUCGACGCGGUUCGCAGUCAUACUCGGGACCGGCUUCAACAUUUCGGUCCACUUGCCGGUCUCGGCGCUUGCACACACCAAAUUCAAGGGCUACCCACAACAUUGGCUUGACAAGGCCACACAUGUGCUCGUCAACACAGAAUGUAGCAUGUUUGGAAAGAACGUGUUCCCCACCACGCGUUGGGAUGACCAGUUGAAUGAUGCGCACAUGCGACCAGACUUCCAGCCAUUCGAGCACAUGAUCAGCGGUCGCUACCUGGGAGAGAUUGUGCGACUCAUCAUAGUCGAAGCCGUACGGAGUGCCGGCCUCUUCAGUGGCGAAAUGCCAGACCAACUCGCGGAACCAUACAGCCUCGACACUGGCACCAUUGCCGCCAUGGAGAUGGACAACUCCAAGCACCUCACCCACGCCACCGCCCUCUUCCAGUCCAAGCACCCACUGAGCAAACCCGCAAGCUUCAACGACAUCCACUUUGUCCGCCAAAUCUCCCAGCUCGUCUCGCACCGCGCAGCCGCAUUCCUGGCAACAGGCAUCCACGCCCUGUGGACGCUGCGCACACAAUCCGAAGCGCUGACGGCUGCCACGGCCGGCCGACUGAGCAUCGGUUGCAACGGCUCCGUGAUUGAAAAAUACCCCCUUUUCCGCGAACUGUGCCAGUCUCAUCUCGAUGAACUCACCACAGCCUCUGGCGCCGGGGCAAAAGCAAUCUCGCUAGAAAUCGCCCACGAAUCCGCCAUUUACGGGGCCGCCGUUGCAGUUUCCUGUCUCGAGGGACAAUGA